CGGGUAUUGCGUUGUGCUCUCUUUCUGUCAUGGCUCGCACUAAGCAGACUGCUCGGAAGUCUACUGGUGGCAAGGCGCCACGCAAACAGCUGGCCACUAAAGCAGCCCGCAAGAGCGCUCCGGCUACCGGCGGCGUGAAAAAGCCCCACCGCUACCGGCCCGGCACUGUGGCUCUGCGCGAGAUCCGCCGUUAUCAGAAGUCCACUGAACUGCUCAUUCGUAAACUACCUUUCCAGCGCCUGGUGCGCGAGAUUGCGCAGGACUUUAAAACAGACUUGCGUUUCCAGAGCUCCGCUGUGAUGGCUCUGCAGGAGGCGUGCGAGGCCUACUUGGUGGGGCUGUUUGAGGACACCAACCUGUGCGCCAUCCAUGCCAAGCGCGUCACUAUCAUGCCCAAGGACAUCCAGCUCGCCCGCCGCAUCCGCGGAGAGCGGGCAUCAGUUCCCCUAUUCUCUCUCACUUGCUCUUGGUUCACUUCUUGGGAAGUCAUGUCUGGACGUGGUAAGGGCGGGAAGGGUUUGGGUAAGGGGGGUGCCAAGCGCCACCGCAAGGUGUUGCGUGACAACAUCCAGGGCAUCACCAAGCCGGCCAUCCGGCGUCUGGCCCGGCGUGGCGGUGUGAAGCGGAUCUCUGGUCUGAUCUACGAGGAGACUCGCGGGGUGCUCAAGGUGUUCUUGGAGAAUGUGAUCCGUGACGCUGUCACCUAUACGGAGCACGCCAAGCGCAAGACGGUCACUGCCAUGGACGUGGUCUACGCGCUCAAGCGCCAGGGACGUGACGCACCCACCUCAAUACACCGGCGCGCCGGCCCCAACGCAAUGGCUCGUACGAAGCAAACAGCUCGCAAGUCCACCGGCGGUAAAGCGCCGCGCAAGCAGCUGGCUACUAAAGCGGCCCGUAAGAGUGCUCCGGCCACCGGUGGCGUGAAGAAACCUCACCGCUAUCGGCCCGGCACCGUGGCCUUGCGCGAAAUCCGCCGCUACCAGAAGUCCACCGAGCUGCUGAUCCGGAAGCUGCCGUUCCAGCGCCUGGUGCGAGAAAUCGCCCAGGACUUCAAAACCGAUCUGCGCUUCCAGAGCUCAGCGGUGAUGGCGCUGCAGGAGGCUUGCGAGGCCUACCUGGUGGGGCUCUUCGAAGACACCAAUCUGUGCGCUAUUCACGCUAAACGCGUCACCAUCAUGCCCAAAGACAUCCAGCUGGCACGUCGCAUUCGUGGGGAAAGGGCAUAAGUCUGCCUAUUUCUUCCUAAUUGAAAAGGCUCUUUUCAGA